GCCAAAGCUCGUAAAUCGCAUUGGUUUGUUGCAUGACCCUAUGACCUGGAUCCGCGUAAGCCCUUCCCAAGCGUCCCUUAUGUUUCGCUACCUCGUGUGCGUUGCAGCUGUGUUGAUUAGAAGAACGAAGAGUGCGGGAGGGGAGAGGGAGCUUGAAAACCGGCGGGCUUGUGAGACUGUUGCUGCUGCUGCAGUGCCAUUGGUGUUGAGCGUGUAUUCGUCGUUACGUUUGUCACCAUCGAUUUAGGGCCUUGACUGUUGACGAAGCUACUGUAUCAGCGGUGGAACAGACGAAUCAUUGAAUGGACUCUCAAUUCUUGCUUUACAAGGCUUAAUCUCGUGAUCAUGGAUGGGGGUGUCAGUUACCAAAUGCACUCCUGUCGCAGGGUAUAUUCCCGAUUGUCCACUGCUAGGUCACACUUUUCCUACUCUUUUGUCACGAGCUCUUGCCAUGUGGAAAAUCGUUGUUUCCAAAUACGGCGGUUCGGUCUAGGUCAGCCGAAGCUUAUGCUGGACGAGUUGCAAAGGACUGGAACACUGUGUUCAAGACGUUGCAGCGGUAAUGAAAACCUUGGGUCCUCAGUCAGGUGUGGGGUGAAUCGGGACGUUCCAGAUAAAUCUUUCGCGUAUUCUACUAAAAGUGACAAGCAGUCGCUGCCUACUAUUCGAAUUUGCCCACGAAGAGAAAAAACUAGCACCAAAGAAUGUGCACCAGUAUCAUUUGAUAAUUACGAGGAUCAAUUUUAUGAGUAUCAUAAGGCGUAUGUUCCUGAGCCUGCUUACGAAUUUGAGGAUUUGCGGGUUGAUUCAUCCCAUCCUGGUCUCCGUAACGAGGACGAAGUGAAGCAAUCACAGGCCUCCUGUAGCGAUCAAUCACCGUCACCAUUGGAUUCCGGGAUUGGAGCACUUGAAGAGAUCGUAGUGAAGCAAUGGUGGAUGACAUUCAUAGAAUCAAUUGAUCCUCAUCGUCAAGGGAUAAUUAUACUCAAUGUGCUUACAUUUUUUUACGGUAGCAACAUAGCAGUCAUCAAAGAGACAACACUUGAUGCUGCGUCGUUUUCGGUAGGACGAUUCGUUAUAGCGGCUGUUGUUUUUGCGCCCUUCUUAAAAGAUGCAGUUAAGGAACCAGGCUUGACUGAAGCUGGCCUUGAACUCGGAGUGUGGGCAGGCAUUGGUUUUCUUGCUCAGGCACUCGGCUUGAUGACUACCGAUGCUGGACGUGCUUCAUUUUUCACUACAUUCACAGUUUUAACGGUGCCAUUCAUCGCAGGUUUAAUGGGAAAAAAGAUCCCGCUUCUCACUUGGCUUGCAGCUGUUGCUGCACUGUUUGGAGUUGGACUUCUUGAAACAACUGGUGCACCGCCGUCGAUUGGCGACGCUUGGAGCUUAUUAAGCGCUGUGGUCUUUGGAAUUCACAUCAUCCGAACUGAAUUUCACUCGCGUAAUCAUAGCACGAGUGCUGCUUUGCCUUUAAUUUCUCUUCAGUUGUUUGUGAUUACUGGGAGCUCCUGCAUGUGGUUCAUUGCGAGCCACUUAACAUCCGGUAGCGCGCUUCCAAAUCUUGCUACUUUGGACUGGCCUGCCUUAUAUCACACCGCACAGGAGUUGCCCUGGGGCCCUAUGGUUUACAGUGGUCUCUUUUCAACAGCCAUUUGUUUAUCUGCUGAGAUUUUUGCAAUGCGAACUGUGUCUGCCACUGAAGCUGCUGUGAUUACUACAAUGGAACCGCUGUGGGGAGCUGGCUUUGCCUGGUAUGUACUUGGUGAACGGUGGGGAUUGCGUGGUUGGGUAGGUGCAGCUUUCAUUCUAGGUGGUAGCCUGGCCACUCAGAUUUGGGGCUCUGAUUCUAGGCGGCAUUGACGUGUCAGAGAAGCAAGUUGACUCCUCACUGCUAUGAUAUAAACGUUCACGCGGACAUUCAGUAAAAGAUCUUACGCACAGAUGUUCUGCUCACAAUUUGAUAAAUUUUUAAACAUCAUCUGAAAUAUAAGAUGAAACAGGAACGAUGAAGCAGCAAAACCAAGCUUAAGAGAUUCAAUUUUGCUACAUUAAACAUAACGGACUUUGUGCCUUCUGCCCAAUCACAAUUGUCGUGAAACUUACACUCCAGCGGGACUUACAAUAGUGUAACUCCGAACCCAAUGAGAAAUGUUGUUUCAGGUACCCCGCAUACUCAUGAGAGACUAUCAUUUGAACGUGUCCAAUGUGAGGCUUGUCGAUGGAAUUUAUCAAUUGCUCAA